AUUCAGACGAUCGCAGAUCGACGAACGCCUAGGACAAAUUAAAAACAAUAUGUUCUCACUGGUAACAGUUACAUCGAUGGUUCUGGCCAUCGGCCUUUGUGGUCGUCUUGAGCCUCAGUACCUACCUCCUAGGCCAGGUGGUGGCGGCGGUGGCAGUGGAGGAGGCUACGGUGCGGGUAGCGGAGCCGGUUUCGGCGCUGGAAGCGGAAAUGGUGCUGGAUUCGGCGCAGGCAGUGGCGCUGGAUUCGGUGCUGGCAGCGGUGCUGGUAGCGGUGCUGGGUUUGGUGGCGGCAGUGGCUCUCAAAUACCCAUCACGAAGUUCGAGAACGUGAACAAUGGCGACGGCACCUAUAACUUCAACUACGAAACCGGUAAUGGUAUAUCGGCUCACGAGAGCGGUGCUCCACGCGCGCCGGGACCCGAAGGUAAUGCUGUGACGGCGGAAGGUGGAUUUUCGUACCGCGCUCCUGAUGGCCAGCAGAUCUCUAUUACUUACACCGCUGAUGAGAACGGCUUUCAUCCGGUUGGCCCUCAUCUACCCACACCGCCGCCAAUCCCUGAAGAGAUCCUCCGCUCUAUAGAAUUCAAUAAGCGCAAUCCCUCUUCUGAAGGAGCUUACAACCCUGGUGCAGGAGGAUCCGGUAGCGCUGGAGGUUUCGGCGGAUCCGGAAGCGGCGGAUUCGGCGCUUCGAGCGGAGCGAGCGCCUCAAGCGGAUCCAACGGCUAUCACUAUUGAUCUCAACAACCUUAAUAUAACGCUUGCACGAUACAGCUUAAGUUGUGAUUUGUUUUUAUAUAAGAAUGACCGAUUAUGUACUUAUAAUAUAUCUAGAAAUAUGCUGUUUUGAUUGGAAUAUAUCAUUCCGACAGUGAUUUCGCUGACUUGCAAAAACAAUAACAUUAGUGCUUAAGUUGUUCAAAUGUGGGAGUGACUGAUUUGUCUAACAGUGAUAAUUACGCACGUCUUUUAAUUUCAAUAAUUAUCAACAAUAAGCUUUAAGUUUUCACAAUAGUAGAUAACCUUUGAGAUAAUCAAAACUUUUCGAGAAAAAUCCUUGCUAAAAUCGAUAUACUGUGUUAUUCUUUCACUAUUUGUCUAGAAAGUAAGUAAGUAUGAUUAAUGAUAUACAUAUAUUUUCUUAGUUCCUUCUUUUUAUUGUAUUUAUAAAAUUAUUAUUAAUUGCAUGAAUUUAAUUUUUUUCUGUGAUACCACGAGUUUAUAAUCGAGCACUAUAACUUACAUGUAAAUUAUUAAUAUAGAUAUUCCUUGCUGUGUAAAUAAGAAUAUUGUAUGAAGAAUGAAUAUAAAUAUUUUUGAAUGUG